UUGGCUAGGAAGGGGGCAGUACACUGGGAAGAUGGCGGCGGCCGCGGCUGUGCGGAGUAUCGGGAGCGGUCUGGGCCGGAGCCUUAAGGAGCUUCGGAUCCACCUGUGUCAGCGCUCGCCGGGCAGCCAGGGCACCAGAGACUUCAUUGAACAGCACUACGUGACUCUGAAGAAGGCAAACCCGGAUUUCCCCAUCCUGAUUCGGGAGUGCUCUGAUGUGCAGCCUAAGCUCUGGGCUCGAUACGAGUUCGGCAGAGAGAGUUGCGUGCCACUGAAUAAUCUCAAUGUGGAUCAAGUGGCCAAGGCCCUGGAGAAUGUUGUUCACAGCAAAACAUGAAGACAAAGAGAACUGAACCUGCAUGUGCUGGAGCCCUUGCCUGAAUGGGUUUAAUGGAGAAGCUGUACAUCUGUAAUUGUAACUUAUUAAUCGCAUAUAAAAGCAUGUCUGACAAAGUG